AUGGCUCACGAGGCCCUGGCGUCCGAGGUUGCUGCUCCAGGCUCCGCUAGAACUGCUGGAAGCACUGUGUGGGAAUGGAAAGAGGAGAUUAUAGUGAAUGAAGAAAGAAGUCUCACGCUUCUUAGAUUUGUGCUUUAUUUGCAUUGGAAUUCUCAUUCGAUUGUGGUUCAGACUUUUAAAUUCCAUUUAAAAUCACGAUGCACCAUAUACUCGGAAGCUUUAUUUUCUAAUGCAAUCACAAACGCUUUAAGUUCUAUUAAUGUAUUAGCAUCCCCACUGACUGUAUUUUGGUUUUAUUCACUCAAGGGAUUUCAAACAUUUUAUUUUAGGACUUUUAUUUUUAUCUCCUACAGCUGGCUUUUGCUAUUUCACAUUUAUUUCACAUGUACCUUGUAAUGGGUUUGAGUUUCAGCACAGAGAAAUGGUUCCAGUCAACAGAGCACACGCUUCCCUGUCCCACAAAUGGCAAGUGGUCAGCCCUUUCGACUCUAGUAGCUCUUAAAUAGUAGCUUUCACUGUUGCCAAAUUGAAAGGUCGUUUGCGCCAUGUUGAAAUGCUCUAAGCUAACACUUCUUGGUCUGGACAUGACUGCCAAGAGUUUAAUUUGGCUCUGGACUUUGGUGAACCUGUGUGCCCUGUCCCUUCCUUCAAGCAGUUGGUGAGUAAGGACAGCACCCAUCAGUGUCCCCUAAUUUGUCCUCUGACCUCUUAGUCAAUUUAAUCAUUGGAAAUAUUUCCAUGUCAUCAAGGGCUCAACAUUUCAAGGAUUUUGUAAGUGUAUAAGGAAUGAGAGAGAGGUGCUGUGAUUUCUCAGACUCUAGAAAUUCAUUUCAGUUGUACACAUUCCAGAAACAUGCUGGAUUGGAUGUUAAGAAAGCCUUCCAGAUAAACCUCCCAACCUGAUCAUUCCUCUGUUCACUCACUCAUUCCUUCAGUAAAUAUUUACCGAGUGCUUGCUUCCUGGGUGCCGGGCUCUGUGCUGAGGGACUCAAAUUUUUGACACCGCAGACGGGAUCUCUGUCCCACUCCUUCGCCCCCAUGCCUGGCAGGGCAUUUAGUGCUAAACUAAACUGAACUGAACGAGUCUGCCGUAGAAACAGUAAUGCAACACAGGAGUUGAGUGUUAGGGUGAUUCUGUACAGGGAAGCCCACAGAGUAUUACUGGAGUAGCUACAGUGUAGUGUGGAGCCAUCACUCACCUCUCUUUAGAAGUACACAGCUAAAAAGGAAAGCAUCCUAUAAGACUAAAAUGAAUUUCCACAGAACGGGAUAGGGCCCAAUAUUCCCGCCGGAAGUUACUUCUACAUAGCAAAGAUGAGUCCCCAAACUGUAAAUACGAAAUCACAAAUGUACUGAAAGUUUCUAAAUAUUCAUGUUUUGGAGACAAUAUUUACUUUCUAUCUCCAUGACUUGCAAGAAAACACUUUGACUACAGUGUCUUUUACCAACACCACCAGACACCUAGAUUCGAGAGAGCAAAGUAAGAACUGUAUCUAGGUGUGCGCUUCGCUUCUCACCGUGAUUGUGCAACAAAGGUCACGUGGCAACUGGAAUCUUGCCAAUCAAAUUGUAUUUCAAAUGCAGUAGGGGAGCUGCCAUUUAGAGGGAACUUGUGACCCUUUUAUAAAACAAAACCAUUUUAUAAUACAAAUACUCACUCUAAUUCAUGUUUUGUAUGUCUGGGUUUUCAAUAUCUACUUCGCUUAGAACAGAGCGUACCUGUACAGUGAGUGUGCUCUGUCACUGCUGCUUGUGCCACCAGUUUCUUGGCUGCUCAGGGCUCCUACUUGAAAAUCUGCUGUAGCUGUGCGUGAACUGAGCUAUCAGCGAUUCCGUGAUGGCACAGGAGCGUUCCUGAGCAGUCCAAGUGGCCCACCCACCCGUUUCAACCCCAUUGGACACUGGACCUGUUCUGCUCAGCAGCGGCUCCUUCCGGUGUGGCCACGUUUCCUUAGAGGGUGGAGUGACCCCUGUUUUCACAUCCUCUAAAGUGCUUAGAGUCCCAAGUUUUAUAAUACAUAUAUGUUAUUAUGUAAACAUAUCGAAUUGCAUGUGUGUUGGAAUUUUUUAGCAGAAUUUUAGCUUGAAAGUACUUGUACAAACACUGUUAGAUUUAGUUGCAAAUAAUUGUUCUCAAGUUAUUGGAAUAAAUGGCAAAUGAAACAAGUUCUGGUGUAAAUAGACUUCUGUGCCAAAUAGUGACAUUAUUUCAAAAAAGAAAAGUCAUAUCUUGGGCUGUUAAUAGGCAAAAUCGAACCACUAGAAAUGUGAAUGAAUGAUGCCGUGUUCUCUUGGAUGAACUGUUUACU